ACAAAGGAAAUCUCAUUACCGAUAAUCAUGAUUGAGACCAUCAUGAGUUACAUUUUUUUUUAUCAGUUAACGUUUCCGUUUUCUCGAUUUUUUGGUUGAUGAAGGAAAUAUAAAUGAAAUAUAUAACAAUUAAAUAUGACACAGUCUGUCGAUGAAAAAACAUGAACAUGAUUGAUAAUAGAACAAUAAACGAAUGGAAAAUCGCAUAUUAUGUACGAAUUUUGACCUUUCAUUUGCAACACCAAUAUUGGAUACUGCCAUUAAUAACCGGAUUAAUGUUGAUUGGUUCAUUAUCAAUAUGUUAUUACAUAGUGGUUUUUGUUAACGGUGCAUGGCCAGUUAAAUUGAUUAGCGAUAUGGGUGCAUUACAACCUGUGGCCGGUUAUUAUGCACAAACACUUGACAUAUUGGCCAUAAUGUUUUUAUUAAUCGCAUGGAUUCGUUAUAGUUAUAAACAAAUCAAUUAUUAUAUUGUUUUUAUGAUACCGAAUUCUACGAAUAAACAAGUGAACAAUAACUUUAUGCUAGACAUGAUGCAACGGAAAAAUUUCCAAUCAUUUAUAUGUGUGAUAAUCGGAGCAAUUGGAUUCGAAAUUGUAGGUAAUUUUCGAUUAAAUGAACACCUGAUCAUGCAUGGAAUCGGUAUGCUAUUGCUCUUAUUCAACAUUCCAUAUAAAUAUCAACAAAAAUUUAUGAUGGAAAAAUUCUAUGAAUGUGAUAGAAUUGAAAGUCGACCAUUGUUUUGGUCCAUAUUGACACAUGUUGAAUUAAUGUCAUGGAUAAUAUGUAUUGCAAGUACAGCAAUAGCCUGCUGGAAUACGGGACACAUAGAUCAAUGGUUACAUCAUGAAACACGUAUGAAUUGGCAACCGGAUGUGGCUGGUUUUAAUUGGUUCGUCAUUGCCGUUCUAGUCGAAUGGAAUGUUUGUUUUAUGUUCACUGGAAUGUUAUUCUCAUUGAGUCAUAGGAUGUAUCGAUUUAAACAAUGGAAUCAUGUCUUUUAA